AGGAGCCAUGGGCUCGGCGGCGGAGCUGCUGCCGCCGCCACCGCCCGGGGAAUGCGAGCGGGAAGCGGGGGCGGCACCGGCGGCCGCCCGGCACCGGCGGCGCCCGGAGGAGCAGGUCCAGCAAGAGCAAAGGAACCACACCACAGAACCUGUAAUAGAUGACUAUAAAAAGAUGGGGACUCUCUUUGGCGAACUAAACAAAAGCCUUAUCAGAAUAGGCUUCACAAGGAUGUACUUUGGAGAACGGAUAGUAGAACCUGUAAUAAUUAUAUUCUUCUGGGUUAUGCUCUGGUUUCUUGGCCUACAAGCUCUUGGACUGGUUGCUGUUCUGUGCCUUGUCAUUAUUUAUGUGCAACAGUAAAAUUUUAUAGAUACUGUUCAGAUUAUGUAUUUCUACGCUGCCACUAUGGCAGUGGAUUUAUGUGUUUUAAGUAAAUGAGCAGCAUAUCAAACUGCAACGUUUCAAAUUGCUGAAAUUCCAGCAUUUGAGUUGAGGAAGACUAAAAUUACGAAUUUUAAGCCAAAUCAGAAGUGCCCUGUUACAUCUUUGGGGAGUGGUGGGGAAAGGAGAUGUUUAUAAUAUAAUGGUGUCAAAUGUACUGUUUUCUGUACUCUUGGGGUUUUAGCCCAGGGAUUGGCUUUUUGUUGUCCCCUCCCCUAUCCCCAUCUUCUUGCUUUGUAUAGUGAAAAUUUCCUGUCUGAUUUUAAGAGGACACUCGAUGUGAGUGUCCUGUUUCACUGUUGGGGGUGUGGGGGGGCUCAUAUGCUGUUAGUUCCCUGAAUCUGCAUAAUUUGUUAGUGUUUUGCUGAAAAGCUAAAUCUGCACAAGGGAGGUUUAGUAACAAACUACAGUGACAAAUAUUCACAAAAGCUUCUUUGGUUUGUAUAGUUUAUAGUAUGCUUUCCCCCAGGAAACAAGCUAUACCAGCAAAAUGCUCUUACACUAAUAUUAGUGACUUCACACAAGGCUUCAGCUGUUGUUAAGAAGAAAUUGCAGUCCUACAUUGGCCAAGUGGUCAAAUGCAGCUCUGCCUUGUUUUUUUUUUUGAAAUGUACUCAGCUCCUGCUGCUAUUUUUCUUUCUUUAUUUUUUGUACUUGCUCUUUCCCCCAGCCCUCCUUCUUAAGAUAAAUAUUUGGAUAAUUCAUGGAGUUUGUAGGUAGUUACAGCUGCAGUGUUGGAGAGUUGCCAUUCCAGACGGCAAUGCUAGGAUGUUGUCUGCUUCCUCUGGGCGGUGUGUGAAGUGUCUGAA